AUGACAACAGUCACCCCCUCCAUGCGCAUCCACGGCUGGAACAUCCACCUCCUGUCCGGUCCCGAUGACUUCCACUUCUCGGGUCUCUAUCAACAUCCUGGUAGUAACCUCAUAACAUUUCGCGAUGUCGUCAAUGAGAUGCGUCUUUGUUUUGACAUACCCUGCACCGAAGAUCCAUGGGAGAAUAUCGCGUUUAUGCUGGCUGAUUCGCCGGAUGAUAUGAAGCGCAAACUUCCUUCUCUAGUAGCGGAUGAGGAUCUUGAUGAAUGCGCUCAGCACAUCCCCCGCCCAACGCGUCGUCUAGAACCACGCUACAUCCCUCUAGACAGAACCUCACUAGAUCCUCGCUACGCAAGAUUGCCUUUCCGACGCACAGCCAAACCCCGAAGAGCAUCCGAGUCACCAAAACGGCGCAGAUCAGACUCGCGUUCCUCGACAGACAAUGAGCAAGAAGACAUCAAGCACCUCCACGUCCCACCAAAAAUGGACAUCACACCAGAAAAAGCGAGACAAACGAUAGAGACCUUCCGCCAUGAGUGUCUCAUUCAUACUGAUAGAUGCGCGAUAUCUGGAAAAGGACAGUCUUGGUGUAUCAUUCCGUCGAUUGGACCUGGUCUGCAAGUUUGCCAUAUCAUACCACAGCAGCACUUCUAUCUGUACCCUGAUGACCAGCAGCUGAAUACACAAGAUGGUGAUGAGAAGCUUACGCGGGCGUGGGCGAAUACAUGGUCGAACAAGAACGGUAUUCUUCUUAUGAACGACAUCCGACAACUCUUCGAAGCACGCCUGAUCUCAAUACAUCCCGACACACAUAGGAUCCGCGCAUUCGUACCAUACGAUUUCAUCACAGACUUCAACGGGAAGAAAGCAAGUAUUCCGAGGAAAGUGGAUAAGUUAGCUUUGAGACAUCAUUAUGAGAUGGCUUGUAUUGAGAAUAUGGCUGCGCAGAUGCCGAGUGGGAUGGGAUUUCUGGAGAUCAGGGCACCGCUUGGACGGACGAUAAGUUUGCCGAUUAAUACGAACUUGAAUGCGAAGGAGGGUGAUCCAGCGAAGAGGCUCAGGUUGGAUGAGGAGAGUGAGACUGAGAAGACGAUUGUGGAGGAAGAGGUGAUGGAGUCACAGGAAGAGGAGAUUCAGAGAUCUUUGUCUGUGGAGUAUGACCUGGCAGAGGAUUCGGGUGAUGAUACGUCUUGA